CGCAUUGAUCUUGCUAGUCAUGAAAAAAGUGGGGCGUUCUAAGCUCUUAUCUAGUAAAGUAGCUACGCAGCGAAUCAAAAGUCGCACGCGCGACGCGCACGCUCUCUUUGUAUAUACUGCCGUUGGCACUCGACACUCUGCUCCGUGCUGCGCUAAAUAUCAGUCCGCAGUAGGAGUCCGGACAUCGCGCGAGUCGGUCGAUCACGGUUACGAUCGUCUUCGUACCCAAACCGGCUCGAUAAAACCAGCUGAUCUCGCGCGCCGGGAGAACGUAUCGUCCCCUGUCAUGCGGUUGCUGAUAAAGCGGAUCAUCGGGACCCUGGUGAUCUAACCUCCAACUGUCCUUUCCUUAGGUCUAUCAUUUACGAGUAAAUAGAACAUAGCUAUCAGGAUGGCUGAUUCGGACGAGGACAACGAGCGGGAGUACGAGUCGGAGAUGAAUCUGGCUGGCUUUAUGUUUGGCAACAUAGAUGAGAAUGGCCAACUCGAAGAUGAUAUCUUGGACUCCAAUGCUAAGGAGCACCUGUCUUCGCUCUAUCACCUUGGACUGGGUUCCUUGUUGCAAGAAAUGAUUGCGCAGGAUGCAGUCGAGGAGAAAGAUUCAAAGGACCAGGAGAAUGGGGUUAAUAAAGAGCAGGUGGAAAAGCUACCAGUGGAGAAUGGAGAGAUUGAAAAAGACACAAAGGAAGAUUAUGAUGUUGAUUAUGUUGUAAAGGACCCAAAUGCUCUUGACUUUUCAGAUAUUAACGAGUUGGCAGAGGACAGCGUUGAAGAAGUUAAGGAUACUCAAGAUAAGCAGCAAGUCAAAUCUGAAAAAGAAACAGGUUACGAUGCUGAUGACGAAGAUGUGGAGAACAAGCCAGAUGCAGAAUUAAUGCCUCCCCCUCCUGUUCCUGAAGAGAAAGAAGCUCUGACACCAGAAGAAGUAGAAGCAGCUGCAAAGAGAAAACUUGAAACUCCACUAGCAUCUAUGCUACCAUCGAAAUAUGCUAAUGUCAACGUUACUGAACUCUUUCCUGAUUUUAGGCCUAACAAAGUUCUCAGGUUUUCAAAAUUGUUUGGUCCUGGAAAGCCAAGUAGUCUACCUCAAAUUUGGAGAGGUGUCAGAAAAAGACGUAAGAGAAAACGGCAUCAGGAUUUUAAAGAUUCAGAUUCUGGCUCUGACCAGGAAAACAGAAAACCAAAAUUUAGGGGCUGGUUCAUGAAUUAUGCCCCAGAUCCCACUCCAGAUCAGUUGUGUGAAGAUGAUGAAGAGAAAUUAUUAAAGCCAGUUAAAGACAAGGAACAAGCCGGAAAGCAAGGAGAAUCUGGAGAAAAUGGUGAUAUGGGUCCAAAAGUUGCAGAUUGGCGAUUUGGACCUGCACAUUUGUGGUAUGAUAUUCUUCAAGUACCUGAAACGGGAGAAGGCUUUAAUUAUGGAUUCAAGCUGAGCGAAAAGCCUGAAGAAGAAAGACCAAUUGCGGAUGACUCCGCAGAUGAUGCCUUUCUUAUGGUUUCUCAAUUACAUUGGGAAGAUGAUGUUAUAUGGAAUGGAGAUGAUAUAAAACAUAAGGCUCGGCUCAAAUUAAAUACUAAAAACAACGCUGCUGGUUGGGUGCCGUCAAGUGAUAACCGAACAGCGGCAUUCAGUCAACCUGGUAAAGGGGUACCAGUAUCGGUUGCUCCUAAUGUCAGACUAGCUACCUCCAACAUUUCUACACCAAUGCACAUGCAAAAGAACAAAAUGGGAAAAGGCAAUCAACAGCAUUCAGACCACGACGAUACUUGGUACUCUAUUUUCCCCGUCGAAAACGAGGAACUAGUUUACGGGCUUUGGGAGGAAGAAAUUAUUUGGGACUCCGAGAAUAUGAAAAGGAUACCUAAACCAAAGAUACUCACAUUGGAUCCAAAUGACGAGAACAUAAUCCUGGGUAUUCCGGAUGAUAUAGAUCCGGCUCUGCUGCACAAGGAAAACGGACCGCAACCCAAAGUUAAGAUCCCUCAUCCUCACGUUAAGAAGAGCAAACUUUUGCUUGGAAAGGCUGGAGUGAUCAAUGUAUUGGAAGAAGACGCACCGCCACCGCCACCAAAGUCACCUGACAGAGAUCCGUUUAAUAUUUCCAAUGACAUAUAUUACUUACCAAGAUCCUCCGAGACGACCCUCAGAAUGAAGGUUGGCGGCGGCAAUCUUAUUCAGCACAGUACACCAGUAGUUGAGCUCCGUGCGCCGUUUGUGCAGACUCACAUGGGUCAGAUGCGUCUUCGCAAUUUCCACAGGCCACCUCUCAAACGUUACAGUCACGGACCUCUUGCUCAACCUGGUCCCCAUGGUGUAUUACCUCUUGUAAAACACAUCAAAAAGAAGGCGAAACUUCGCGAACAGGAGAGAAUAGCCUCUGGUGGUGGCGACGUUUUCUUUAUGCGCACGGCAGAGGAUCUGACCGGUCGGGAUGGGGAGCUCGUACUUAUCGAGUUUUCUGAGGAACAUCCGCCACUUAUCAAUCAAGUAGGCAUGUGCUCCAAGAUAAAGAACUAUUACAAGCGGAAGGCGGGUAAGGACACAGGUCCACCUAAUUUCAAAUACGGUGAGACGGCGUAUGCACAUACUAGUCCUUUCUUGGGAGUACUAACGCCUGGACAGACUAUACAAGCGGUGGAAAAUAAUAUGUACAGAGCGCCUAUUUAUGAGCAUCAGGUACCCCAGACAGAUUUCCUCAUCAUUAGGUCAAGGCAACAGUAUUACAUUCGAGAGAUAGACGCCCUCUUCGUAGCUGGCCAAGAGUGCCCCCUCUACGAAGUCCCUGGUCCUAACUCUAAGCGUGCAAACAAUUUCGUGCGCGAUUUUCUGCAGGUCUUUAUCUAUCGUCUCUUCUGGAAGUCACCCGACACACCUCGUCGUAUCAAGAUGGACGAUAUUAAAAAAGCUUUUCCAUCACACAGCGAGAGCAGUAUAAGAAAACGGCUGAAGCUUUGCGCCGACUUCAAGCGUACCGGUAUGGACUCGAACUGGUGGGUAAUCAAGCCAGACUUUCGGUUGCCCACCGAAGAGGAAAUUCGUGCAAUGGUCUCACCUGAGCAGUGCUGCGCGUACUUUAGCAUGAUCGCAGCCGAACAGCGAUUGAAAGACGCUGGGUACGGUGAGAAGUUUUUGUUCAUGCCUCAGGACGACGAUGACGAAGAGAUACAACUGAAAAUGGAUGACGAAGUCAAAGUCGCGCCCUGGAAUACGACACGUGCUUACAUUCAGGCUAUGAAGGGUAAAUGUCUCCUUCAGUUGGCUGGACCAGCUGACCCUACAGGUUGCAACGAAGGAUUUUCGUAUGUUAGGGUACCGAAUAAACCAACUAUCAGUAAAGAGGAACAAGAGGCGCAACCCAAAAGAACUGUCACUGGCACAGACGCCGAUUUGCGACGUCUUUCUUUGAACAACGCCAAGGCCCUUCUUCGAAAGUUUGGCGUACCAGAAGAGGACAUCAAAAAACUAUCUCGUUGGGAAGUCAUUGACGUUGUCCGAACCCUCUCUACUGAGAAAGCUAAAGCGGGUGAGGAGGGCAUGACCAAAUUCUCUCGAGGCAAUCGAUUCUCCAUAGCCGAGCAUCAGGAGCGAUACAAAGAAGAAUGCCAGCGCAUCUUCGAUAUCCAGAACCGUGUCUUGUCAUCGCAUGAGGUCCUAAGUACGGACGAAGGUGAAAGUUCGGUCGAGGAUAGCUCAGAUAUCGAGGAGAUGGGUAAAAACAUUGAGAACAUGCUAAGUAAUAAGAAAACGAGCGCGCAACUGAGCCUGGAAAAGGAGGAACAGCAAAGGCAUGAACUUAAGAAGAUGCUGAUGAACGACACGCAAGGUACUCAAGACGAAAAGAAGCUGAAAGACAAGAAGAAAGAUGACGAAGGUGACAACUCAACGUCUAACUUCAACUCUCAGCAGAGUCGCGUACUCAAGAUCCACCGCACGUACCAGAAUCCUGAUGGCAAGGAGUACACGCGCGUCGAGAUUGUACGCAAGCCCGCGGUAAUUGAUACCUACAUAAAGAUUCGCAACUCCAAGGACGAGUCGUUCAUCAAGCAGUUCGCCUCAUACGACGAGGCGCAAAAGGAAGAGUUGAAACGCGAGAAGCGACGCGUCCAGGAACAACUUCGUCGCAUCAAGCGCAAUCAAGAGCGCGAACGCAUGCUCGCCAGAGUGAACAACCAUCAUCAUCGGGACAGCAUAGGUCUGGAUCGCAGCGGCAGUGGAAUCAACCUCAACGGCAGCAAUAAUUCGAUGAGCAACUCGCAUUUCCCAUCGCAAAACCUGUUCGACCGCAGCGGAGCUUCGACGCCGACGCAGCUUGGAACUACCAUGUCCAACAGUAGCCUGCCCGCGAUAAGUAAUUUCUCUUCAUCGAGCCUGCAGCAGCUUGGCUCGUCGACUAGCAUUCCCAAUCAUCAGCAUGCUAAGCCUCAUCACAAGGCUGAGCAGCUAUCUGGUUCACCCUCUAAACGUAAGAAAUCUAAAUUAAAACCAGAUCUCAAGCUCAAGUGCGGUGCUUGCGGCAACGUGGGUCACAUGCGCACCAACAAGGCAUGUCCGCUCUACCAAAGCAGUAUCGGCGGGGCGCCCUCGAUGACGAACGUCGCAAUGACAGAGGAGCAGGAGGAGGAAUUCGAAAAGCAGUGCAUGAACACAGAGGAUCAGGAUCUGGUCAACGUCGAUGGCACCAAGGUGAAACUGUCGUCGAAACUCAUCAAGCAUGCUGAGGAGAUGAAGCGCCGUACGUUGCUACUGAAAGUACCAAAGGACGCAGUAUCUUCACGAAAACGUAAGCGCCAGUCAGGAGAGGACCAUUGCGACUACCUCAAACAAUACCAGAGACCCGCAGGUGUUAACCGACGACGAACGGAUCCGGUUGUCGUGCUUUCUACAAUCCUCGAGAGUAUACUUAACGACAUGAAAGCCCUAGAAGACGGUCAGCUGUUCUGGUUUCCUGUCAAUGCAAAGUCCGUUCCCGAUUACUACCGCAUCGUCAACCGUCCGAUGGAGUUGCAGACAAUCCGUGAGAAUUUACGCCAAAAAAAGUACCAGAGUCGCGAAGACUUUUUGGCUGAUGUCAAUCAGAUCAAGGAGAACAGCUUGCUGUACAAUGGGUUGAAGCAUCCGAUAACCGAAGCAGCCCAACGUAUGCUCGAUUUUUGCGUCAAACAGAUUGCCGAAAAGGAAGACAAGAUUAUGAGACUUGAGAAGGCCAUCAAUCCGCUGCUCGACGACAACGAUCAAGUCGCACUCUCGUAUAUUCUAAAUACUGUGAUCAACGAUAAGCUCAAGAACAUGGCGGAGGCCACCCAAUUCCUCAAGCCAGUUAACAAGAAGCUUAUCAAAGAUUAUUAUACUAUUGUUAAGAGACCGAUGGAUCUAGAAACUGUGUCAAAGAAGGUUGCUGCGCAUAAAUACCAUAGUCGAGCGGAAUUCGUGCGAGAUAUUCAACAGAUUGUCGAUAACUGUAUACUUUACAACGGUGAGAAAUCACCUUUGACUGCCAAGGCUGAAGUAUUACUUAAAGUUGCUCGAGACACGUUGACUGAGUAUGGUGAUCAUCUAUCGCAACUAGAAAGAAAUAUUUCUCUCGUCCAACGGCGAGCAAUGGAACAAGCCGACAUUGAUCAAUCCUGGAUUGGCGAAGGCGGCGAUGAAGAAAACUACACAAUUGCCGAACCAGAAUUCAGAGGAAGUCAAACGAGCUCUCCCGAGCAUCCGUUCGGAAAGUCCGGAAUGGAUGACUACGACUUUGUUGACGUCGAGGGCGAUGUAGAGGCCGAACUUGGCAGACCUGUGGCAAAGAAGAAGGAUGUUCUCGAAGAAGAUUUGCAAUUCUCGAGCGAGGAUGAGUUUGACGAAGUACCUUUCGGAGUUGAUGAUGCGUUCGAGACGACUGAGCUGAAACCGCUCGAACCGGUGGAAGUAAGGCCCGAAGAGCUACCUGCCGACGACGAUAGUCAACAGGUAGCUGAAGCUAUGAUUCAGCUCGGCAAUGCUGGAUCUUAUACGCUCGGUGAGCUACCAAUUCAACAUCAUGCAGAAGAGAGCGUGGAUUCGAACUAUGAUCCUUCGGAAUCAUUCUUCCCUUCCUUGCCAAUCAGGAAAGACGAAGGGCUGUCCAAGAUUCAGGACGAUUUGGCUGUAUCAGAGAGCGACGAGGAAGAGUCAAAAGACUUACUGAAACCCGAGGAGCAACAGCAGCCUCCACCACCAGCAGAGGAAGAACUAUGCGACGGCAGUGUAUGGUUCUAAACUUGAAUCGUGUUCAUGAAAGAAAAAACAGAACUUUGCUUUGAAUCAAAGUGUAAUAUAGACAUAAUUUACGUAAGCGAAAUAUACUUUAUAAAUAUAUUUGUAGACUCGCGUAGUGUUCGGUAGAUUUCUGACUGGCGAAAUCAUUCGUAAAGCAGAGAAAAAACUUUUUUUUCACGUGUCGUUUGUAAAUAAGAUUUUAUAUCACUGUCGGUGAAGCCUAGCGGAUCCAAACAAAUGCAAGCAGCAACUUGCUCGUAUGUAUAUUUUUCUGCAAAAAAAGUUGCAUACAUUUAUUUUUACACAGUGUAAUUAACGCGAUAGUUGUAUAAGUUAGUUUGGGCCCCAGGCAAAUCAACGAAAAAUCAAGUGCAAGUCUUAUUACUGUUAUUUCUGUACGGUUGGUCGGAACCACGAUAACGAGCAUAAAUAAUAAUCUUAUUUGUUUGAAUUCAUGUCUGAUUCUUCACUAAAAUAUACUUUUAUUUCAA